AUGCACCUCGGCGCAGUUCUUCUGGCCAUGGUCCCGGCGGCCUACGCCCACAUGAUCCUAUCGAACCCCAAGCCCUAUGGGAAGCCCACCAGCUCUCCGCUCAAGCCCGACGGCUCUGAUUUCCCUUGUCAGAACGUUGAGUAUACCGUCAAUACCAUGAAUCACUAUAAAGCUGGCGAACAAGGAAUUAAUUUGGAGUUCGAUGGCGGCGCCGCACAUAUGGGCGGAUCUUGCCAGCUGGCUUUGAGUACCAAUAUGACACCGAAUAAAUCAGACACGUGGAAGGUCAUCUAUUCCAUUGAGGGUGGAUGCCCCCUCUCGGCCAUUCCCUUCACGAUUCCCAAGGAGGUCCCCAAUGGCGAGUUCUCCAUGGCGGUAACCUGGUUCAACCAUAUCGGCAAUCGCGAGAUGUACAUGAACUGCGCCCCUGUCACUAUUUCCGGUGGCAGCAAUGAUUCCGCUGCUUUCGAUAAGCUGCCCGAUCUGGCACUGGCGAAUAUCGCAUUUGGCGAAGGGGCGAACUGCAAGACUACCGAGGGCUUCGACUAUACUUUCGACAACCCUGGACAGUACAGUACGCGCAUUGGGCCUGGACCCUUCAAGCCGCUGUGUGGUGGGGAGACAGUUCCUGGACAGCCCGGACAGCCUGGUCAACCCUCUGUUAAGCCCCCCAACGACGGCAAAUAUACCCCUCCGGCCAUCCAAGCACCCGCACCUCCGCAAUCACCCGGUGUGGUCACUUCCACCGUUCGAACCCUCGUGACCGUCACAGCGACCGGAAAGCCAACCUCUAGUACUCCAGCGGCCACUACGUCUCAGACCGGGGGCGCACGUGAGCCCUCUGCUACCACGGCUCCUCAACCAACUGGCUUGCCUUCGACUCCUGGAGGCAGCGCGAAUGGGAACACUUGCGCCACUGACGGCGCCCUUCUCUGCAAUGGCGACACUCAGUUCGGUCUGUGCAACCAUGGUACGAUCGUCUGGCAAGCUGUCGCUCCGGGUACCAAGUGCGUCAAUGGCGAAAUCACCCGUGCUAAGCGCGACUACACUCAUCGCAACCAGCGCUCGGCUAUCUAGAUGUUCCCAAUGUCUGAGUGAAUUUCCUAUGGUCUCGCGGGCCCCAUGAGGGGUUUGCAAUGUGCAUACGCCUGCCCUUAGCAGGCUGGGGGUAGCGUACAUAUUUCUUAUCAGCAAAAUUGAUGUUCAUUCUCUUGCAUAUGCAUCACAAACGUUUGUGUUUUUACCUGAUUCCUAUUUGUGAAGAAGAGUGUGACACUUAGGUACCGUGAUGGAAUAGCAUCUUGCGUUUACUACUCCACCAAUUCGAUGGCGCAGAAACCAUCAUUUUCCUUUUGUCUCUGAAUUCCUCUAUGC